UAAAAACAAAAGAAAAAAACUUCACUAAUGUAGCAUAUACGUCUUUUUGGAAGAUUUUGUACUACUAAAGGCGUUUUUGUAUCCAAAUUCUUUGUGAUGUAAUAUUUUAUACAAAAUCUUGUGCGUGUUUAUUAUAUACAUUUUAUUUAAUAUUGAUACACACUCUUUGAUGAGAGUUAAGUGGAAAACUUGUACCAAUUGGAGAGAUAAUAUUUUGACAGUAGGGCGAUUGAAACUUUGGACAUAUCGUUAGUAGUGAGAUGUCCAAUGUAUCCUAAACGGGUUAGGAUAAAGACUAUAAAGCUCCAUGGCUGAGCGCCUCAGCCCUCGAAGCUCCGAGGUCAACGCCUUGGAACAAAGAGGCUAUCUCAUCGGCAAGAAAAUCGGACAAGGCUCUUACGCUACCGUUCAUCUCGCAAAGUACUGUGAUGCAUCCAGUCCUAAACAGAUGCACCUUGCAUGCAAGAUAUUUGAUAAAGAAAAAGCACCACGGGAUUUUUUAGAGAAGUUCUUUCCCCGCGAACUUGAUAUCUUGACAAAAAUAGAGAAUCCCCACAUCAUUCAGGUACACAGCAUAUUACAGAGGGGUCCAAGAGUUUUUAUCUUUAUGCGGUAUGCAGAUAAUGGAGAUUUAUUGGAUUUCAUAAAAAAGAAUGGUGUUGUGCAUGAAAAUCAAGCGAAACUCUGGUUUCGGCAGAUGGCUAGUGGGUUACAGUACCUACAUAGCAAGAAUAUUGCACAUCGUGAUCUUAAAUGCGAGAAUAUACUGCUGUCAAGACGCUUCAAUGUGAAACUUGCAGAUUUUGGAUUCGCUAGAUUUUGUACAGAUGGCGAGAAUCGACGGGUGCUUAGUCAAACGUAUUGUGGAUCAGCCGCCUACGCAGCUCCAGAGGUGGUGAGCGGUACUCCGUACAAUCCGAAGCUUGCUGAUGUGUGGUCUCUUGGUAUCAUUCUGUUUAUAAUGCUGAAUGCAUCGAUGCCUUUUGAUGACUCGAAUCUACGUAAGCUCCUUAAAGAUCAGAUGUCUCGCAACUGGGUGUUUCGUUCCAGAAUACGGGAUACCGUGUCAGCGGCCGCCAAGUCUAUCGUGCGGCAUAUUCUCGAGCCGGAUAUUACGUUGAGGUUGACUUUAGACCGAGUGCUGUCUCACGAGUGGACGAGACCGCGUAAGGAUAAGAGUGUGAGUUUAAUGGGAAGGUUGGUGCAGUCGGCACCAUCGGCUCCGCAUUCGCCAGGUAAGUGUGAGCACGACGAGGCCGGCACGUCGGCUGGUGCGCGCGUCUCUGGCGAUCACCGUGAGACAGAGCGAGAGCGCCACGACGACAUCAAUAUGCGCUCACAUGACUGACCAACUGCAGAUAAGAUAUAUUAAUACUACUACGCAAAAAGUGUAAUAUUCUCUUAUGUUUCGACCAUCAAAAAUAAAAAAUUCACAUUAAUAUUUUUAUAUAUAUUUUUUUACAAUUGACGUAUUAACUAUUGUUAAUCGCCAAUAGUGAAAAUAAAGUUUUAUAUAAAAUA